AACCCCGCAAAACGACGUCGUCGACCGUCACCUCUAUCUCUCUCUCUCUCUGCGAAAAACAACGCUUCCUUCUUCUUCUUCCUCGUUUGAAAUUCUGCAGAGUGAAAAAUGCUGUAGAUUCGUAGUUGCAGUUUCUUCUUCUUCUUCUUCUUCUUGUUCUCACAGUGAACGCUGUUGUUGGUAGAGUUUUCAGUGAACGGAGAUGCAAACGGAGGCUGCUAGGGUUAGUGUCGCCUCCGUGGACGGCGGUGGUGUUCGGAAGUUGGUACAGAAACCGCCGCCGCAGCAGAUUGGGACUAUCUCGCAGCUUCUCGCCGGUGGGGUUGCCGGCGCGUUAAGCAAAACGUGUACUGCACCGCUUGCUAGACUCACCAUCCUAUUUCAGAUUCAGGGUAUGCAUUCGAAUGUUGCAACGUUGAGGAAAGCUAGUAUAUGGAAUGAGGCUUCACGAAUUGUGAAUGAAGAAGGGGUUAGAGCUUUCUGGAAGGGGAAUCUGGUUACAAUUGCUCAUAGGCUACCUUAUUCUUCUGUUAAUUUUUAUUCAUAUGAGCACUAUAAGAAGUGGUUAAGGAUGGUUUCUGGAGUGCAAAAUCAUAGGGAUAAUGUCAGUGCAGAUGUUUUCAUACAUUUUGUUGGUGGUGGCAUGGCUGGAAUAACUGCUGCUACUUCUACUUAUCCCUUGGAUCUUGUUAGAACGCGGCUUGCUGCGCAGACAAAUUUUACCUACUAUAGAGGUAUCUGGCAUGCUUUACAAACAAUUAUCAAGGAAGAGGGAAUACUUGGCCUCUAUAAGGGACUUGGAACUACACUCUUGACUGUAGGGCCAAACAUUGCAAUCAGCUUCUCCGUAUAUGAAAGCUUGAGAAAACUUUGGCGGUCAAAUAGAUCUGAUGAUUCAGCUGUAGUUGUUAGUCUGGCAUGUGGCAGUCUUUCGGGCAUUGCUUCAUCUACAGCAACAUUUCCCUUGGAUCUUGUGAGGCGGCGGAAGCAGCUUGAAGGGGCUGGUGGGCGAGCCCGAGUGUAUAAUACAGGCAUAUUUGGUGUGUUUAGUCACAUAAUCAAGACAGAAGGCAUGCGUGGCCUCUACAGAGGAAUUUUGCCUGAAUAUUACAAGGUGGUGCCAGGUGUAGGUAUUUGUUUUAUGACUUACGAGACUCUGAAGACGCUUUUAGCGAGUAUUACGACUGUGUGAUUACACACCCAUCAACUUUGGAGUCUGGUCUGCAUGAAGUAAAUGGAUGAACUUAUUCACCCAUGCAACAUGGUUGGAGUUAGAUUUAUCGAUUGAAGUUCAUUUUAUUUUAUAGGUUCUCACUUCUCAUGGGGGUAAUUUAGUAAUGCUGCUGUGGGGAUCACAUUUUUACUUGUACAGAGAUUUUCACAUCAUUUAAUAUUAGCCUGUUGUGGCUCUUGUAUUCUCAUGUGGUCUGUUAAUCUUUUGCACUCUUUCUCAAAGAGAUAAGGGAUGUCAAAAUGAACUAUAAAUCUGCAACUCAAUGCCUUAAGGAGACAGCUUUUCACAAGUGCAUUUUCCCCACGGCACGUGUGGUGAAGUUGAAGUUGAAGACAUCAUGUUGAAGUGUUGUGCAGCAUUGUAAUCUUUGAGAAAUGACCUAUUCUUCAUAUAUGUAGUUAGAAGUAGUUACAUGAACACCUUGGAUCCCUUUAUUUUUGUCUGUUAAGAAUAUUUGACUGGGGUCCAUUUCUUUUCAUAUUGCCCAUAUUAAAUGAUUAAUUUAUUAUCAA